CAUAAACCACCCACUUGCUUCCUUUACAGAUUGCUCCCAUCUCCUCUCUUUCAACAAGGAACCCUUAUCCAUCCUUGUUGUCCGACCACUGCACCUCGAGCGACCCUCAGGUCAGGUCCGUCAAGAUGGUGAAUAUCACGGAGAAGAUCAAAGAGAUCGAGGCCGAAAUGGCCCGAACUCAAAAGAACAAAGCCACAGAAUAUCACCUUGGUCUGCUGAAAGGCAAACUCGCACGAUUACGAGCUCAACUUCUCGAGCCCGGUCCCGGCGCCGGCUCAGGGGGAGGAGCAGGCUUUGAUGUCUCCAAGUCUGGUGAUGCCCGAAUAGCCCUCGUCGGCUUCCCUUCAGUCGGCAAAUCCACCUUCCUAUCCAAGAUCACAAAGACCAAAUCCGAAGUGGCAGCUUACUCGUUCACAACACUGACGGCCAUUCCCGGCGUGCUCGAGUACGGCGGCGCAGAAAUACAAAUUCUAGAUUUACCGGGUAUCAUCGAAGGUGCCUCAGAGGGCAAAGGACGAGGUCGACAAGUCAUCAGUGCUGCGAAGACAUCCGACCUAAUUCUGAUGGUCCUGGACGCCACCAAACGCGCGGAACAACGCGCCCUUCUCGAAGCAGAACUGGAAGCGGUCGGCAUCCGUCUAAACCGAGAACCACCGAACAUCUAUCUUAAACCGAAGAAAGCGGGCGGCAUGAAAAUCACAUUCCAGGCACCACCCAAAAACAUCGAUGAGAAAAUGGUCUACAACAUCCUGCGUGAUUACAAGAUGCUCAACUGCGAAGUGCUGGUCCGCGACGAGAACGUUACGGUCGACGACUUUAUCGACGUGAUCAUGAAAGACCACCGCAAGUACAUUCGGUGUUUGUACGUGUACAACAAAAUCGACAGCGUCACCGUGGAUUAUCUGGACGAACUAGCCCGCGAGCCUCAUACGGUCGUCAUGUCGUGCGAGCUGGAUCUUGGUGUCGAGGACGUUGUCGAGCGGUGUUGGCAGGAGUUGAGACUCAUGCGGCUGUACACCAAACGGCAGGGUGCGGAGCCGGAUUUCAGUGAGGCGCUCAUCGUGCGGAGCAAUAGCACAAUUGAAGAUGUGUGCGACCAGAUCCACCGGACGUUGAAGGAGACGUUCAAGUAUGCGCUCGUGUGGGGCGCCAGUGCGAAGCAUAUCCCACAGCGGGUAGGUCUGUCGCAUGUUGUGGCAGAUGAGGAUGUGGUGCAGGUGGUUAGUGCCUGGAAAGCGUGAGGCGUGACGGUGCUAAGUCAGUGUUUUUCGAGCUACGGAACGAGGACCGUUGUAGGACAAGAUCUGAAAUGUGCGAGCUUGGCGAUAUAUUACAAUUCAUCUUGGUUCUGACAAUCAG